UCCUCUGCUUCCCUCCGGCCCCAACUAUUCUCAUUCACCACCCCGCUUAACUCCUUAAUAUGAUCUCUUCUUCUUCUUCUUCUUCUUCUUCUUCUUCUUCUUCCUCUUCCUCACUCAGAAACCCUAACCCUCCUCCUGAUCUCCCUCCAUGGCAGCUCCGCAGCCACCGCCCCUCAACCUCAAGCCUCACAGAACCACCAAGUUCCCAUUCUUUUCCAACUUUCCUCCCAAAGCCCACCUUAAAUUGCAACCCAAACCUUGCUCCGCCAAGCCACAUGACUCCUCCCAACCCCAGAAUCAUAGCCCUGAUCCCCCAGUUCUCAACUCGAUCCUCCGUGUGAUCCCCGACUGGGCCGACCGAGUAAAAGAGCAGGGGAUGCGCCGGCCACGGACCCUUUACAAUCACAAGAAGUGGGUCGAGCACAGGAGCUCGCUGCGCCACAUCCGGCACUUGCUGUCGAGCCUGUCCUCCCGAGUAAUACUCUCUUUGAUACCCCCGGUCACCGCCUUCACUGCAGUCGCGGUGUUCAUCGCCAGUUACAACACGGCCGUCCUGAUGGACCUGUUGCCGGAAUUCUUUCCCGUGCUGAGGGCCUCGUCUCUGCCUUAUCAGUUGACUGCCCCUGCUCUGGCCCUGCUGUUAGUGUUUAGGACUGAGGCCUCAUACUCGAGGUUUCAGGAAGGCAGGCAGGCGUGGACGAAGGUUAUUGCCGAGACCAAUGAUUUUGCUAGGCAGGUGAUCGCUUCAGUAAGAAGUCCAACUGAUUCGAGCCUCAAGAAGGCACUUUUGAGCUACAUUAUGGCGUUUCCCGUGGCUCUUAAGUGUCACGUGAUCUACGGGUCAGAUAUUGGUCAAGACCUGUCGAAUCUGCUUGAAGGAGAUGAUCUGUCUGUAGUGCUCAAAUCAAAUCAUCGCCCUCAGUGCAUUAUUCAGUUCAUCACUCAAAGCCUAAGAUUGCUGAGCAUAGAGGAGUCAAAGAGAGAUUUGCUGGAGUCGAAGAUUUCUUGUUUCCAUGAAGGAAUAAGUGUAUGUGAGCAGCUAAUGGGAAUCCCGAUCCCUCUCUCCUACACUCGACUGACCUCACGAUUCCUUGUCCUUUGGCAUCUCACUCUCCCAAUCAUUCUUUGGGACGACUGCCACUGGAUUGUGGUUCCUGCCACAUUUAUCAGUGCUGCUUCCUUGUUCUGCAUCGAAGAAGUGGGUGUCCUUAUUGAGGAACCGUUUCCGAUGUUAGCCCUCGAUGAUCUGUGCAAUCUUGUCCGGCUCAACAUUCAACAGGCUCUGGAUACUGAAGGAGUUAUUCAGGAGAAUCUCGCUGCCAAGAGGAGGCGCCAUACUUGUAAUCAAUCACAGAACGGGUGGCCCGGGAACUAACAUUCACGGAGACAUCAGUUGAUUAUAAGUAUUGGGAAAAACUCAAGAGCCACAAAUUGCAGCAAUAUACUUUCCCGUGAUCUCACAGUUAUAAAGGCGACGUGAGAUACAUAGAUAAGCUAUUCAAUUGCAGGAAGGUCUUCAGCUGCAAAUUUUUCACAUGUGGUUAUUGAGAAUCAGACACAGGAUUGAUGCAGUGGCUGGCGCACCAAGUUCCAUGGCAAAUUUAGGAAGAAAAAAGAAAUUAAUAAUUUAUAUAUGUUCCAAACACCAACUUCAGCCAUGACGAUACUGUAAAUAUGAUGCCUUAUUUGCAUAAAAAUAAUGCAAGAUCAUACGUGCAGCAGCUUGAUAGCAGA